AUGGAUUCUUCAGCAAGUACCAUAAACCAAAUUUACCCCUUAGAUGAGGAAAAGAAUGGACAAGCCCCUGCUCAUGAUGGUGUGAUCCAAGGCUUCGACAAGGAGACUGAGGCUGUAGAGAGAAACCUAUCCGCAAAUAAUGCAUCAUCUGUGCCCAAUGGAGGCACCAUGGCAUGGUUACAAGUUCUGAGUGCACAUAUUCUUUUCUUCAACUCAUGGGGGAUUGUCAAUACCUUUGGUUCUUAUGAAACCUUCUACCAGAUUGAUUUUCUGUCAUCUUCAACAUCAUCUGCUAUAGCAUGGAUAGGCUCUAUCCAGGCCUUUCUGUUACUAUUUGUUGGCGCAUGUACCGGUCCACUUUUUGAUAAAGGCUAUGCCAUCGAAUUGACCAUCGGGGGCUCCCUUUUCCUCGUAUUUGGUCAGAUGAUGCUGAGUCUCUGCAAGGAAUACUGGCAGGUCCUGCUAGCCCAGGGAAUUUGCAUAGGUAUCGGAUGCGGUUUGGUCUGCGUACCCAGUACUGCCAUUCUGACGCAGUAUUUCAGCACAAAGAUAGCAACUGCUGUCGGCAUCACAGCGGCUGGUAGCAGCUUUGGUGGCAUUAUCUACCCAAUUGUCUUCCACAGACUUCAGCCCAGCAUUGGCUUCCCAUGGGCCACCCGUGUCAUCGGCUUUAUGAUGCUUGGGACUCAACUUGUUUCUCUAGCGGUCUACAAAGUCAGAAGCCUGCCAGAUAAGAAGCGAGAUCUUGUUGAUUUUGCAGCUUUCAAAGAACCGCCGUAUGCUAUCUUCGUGUUUGGCAUGUUUGUGGGGUUUAUUGGCCUAUAUCAACCGUUUUUCUACAUUCAAGAAUUUGCUAUCGAGAAGCAUAUCACAAAUUCGAAUCUGGGGUUUUAUAUCCUUCCAAUCAUGAACGCUGCAAGUGCGUUUGGCCGUGUCAUUCCGGGAAUUCUGUCUGAUAAAGUUGGACCCAUGAACGUCAUGAUCCCAUGCACUUUCGUAGCCGCCCUCGCGGGUUUCUGCUUGAUUGCAGUCAAAAGUCCUGCCGGCUUGAUCAUCCUAGCGAUAGUUUACGGUUUCUUCUCCGGAACGAUCGUUUCUUCAUCAAGUACCGUUGUCGUCUAUCUCUCGCAGAAUAAUAAAAGCAAGAUGGGCACGAGAUUGGGCCAGUUAUUUGGAGUAGCUUCAUUUGGGAUGUUGAUUGGGACUCCUGUCGGUGGCGUUGUUCUGGAUGACUAUAGCUAUACAAGUCUAUUUGUUUUCGCAGGUGUCUUCGUUGUCAGCGCAGGCGUAUUUAUCAUCAUUAGCAGGAAAUUCUACAAGGGAUUGAAGCUGAUGAUAAGGGCGUGA